AUGCUAGAUAUACAACGCACAACCAUCAUCGUGUCGAAUCUGUCCAAGGAGGAGUUUCUCCAGGUUCCACGCACAAUCAGAAGCGAGCUGGACAAAUUGGCCACGGAAAUACACGAGCCUGCGCUGGUUGAGCAAUGGUCUGAGCUGCCAUUUCUCUCCAGGUUGGUGAUAUCAAUCAAGAGUGAGGAUCUGGCUAAACAGGCAUAUCAAAAGCUGCGUGAGUCUCACCCGGAGUUGAAAGUCCAUCUGAGUGAAUGCAUCAUACGAAGAAACAAGUCGUUUGAUGGUACUCUACAAGCGCCUGUGUCGCCAAAGCUCGAUAAGUAUGAGGAACCAGAACCAGCAAAGAGUGAUGAUGAGGAUAAGGGCUUCGAACAGACGCCAGAUUUCAACAUUCCUCGAAGAAGAACGCUUGUUGAAGGCUUGAAACUCAACACGAGCUUUGGCUCAGGCCCUGGCCAGACAGAUGCGGUCAGUAUGAGUCCAACAAUCACGCUUGAAGAGUGUGGGUUCCAGACAACCAAAACAACGGCAGCUACGUAG